AUGGACAGACCGAUGCCUCGCCGCUUGAGGGCUGCCGAUCAAGGCCCCCUGGACUGGUUGGUGCCUUUCAUUCCGCCAGUGCUGCGGGUGAACCGCGAUACGCGCGCUAAAAUUCGCCGCAAGGUGGAGCAAUUGCUGUCGAAGGAAACCCUGGAGAGCAUGGCUCUUACCCUCCGACCCCAUUGGCGCUCUAUCGCGUUUUACUCUUUCGUGGUAUCAGUGUGGAUCGGGGGUCUAGUCUUUAUCAACCACAACGAACCCGAGUUUGCAGUGGCGUACGUGAUCCUCUCAGGCUUCGCUGUGCUAGGCUAUCAUUUGCUGUUUGGCGGAGAGAGACGUGCUGACGGAAUAAGCGCAUAUUCAGUCUUCAAUCGCGGCGCCCAGAGAAUGUUGGGUUCGUUGUCAGCUGAACAGUUUGAGAACGAGAUUCGUCACCGACAACCAGGAUACGAAGACGUGCCAAACCCACGUCGACGAUAUCAAGCGGCACAGGAUCCAGAUCAGCUCGAUGAAGUGUACGACGAAGGUGAUCCUGAAAUGAUGGAGGCACUGAAGCUCUCACUCCAGGAAAAGAAACGGGAGGCGCGUCGAGCUCGACGUACUAGUCGUAAAAAGUGAUUGUGUUUUUGUUAAUACUGCGAAGUAAGCGCUCUUUUU